AUGGACACGCCCAGGAGAAAGGAGGACAAUAAAUCUUUAUACCGACUGAUUGAUCAGAGGGAAACACCUUACAGAGCCGCUCAGGACUAUCGUGGCAGAAACCGCUUGACCAGGAUGGACAACAGGAAGACAGGUGGAGCUUCAACCUCUCAGACUGGUACAUCCUGCAAAGUGAAGGAAGAGAAGGGCGAUGAUUCCACGACUCAACAUGAUCAUGGAUUCAGCAUUCAAAUCAACCGCACAGAUAAAAGAAAACAUGAAAUUAACUGUAAACGGCCUCAAACAGUGCUGGAGGCCAUCAAAUCACGUGAUAUUUACAAAACGCUUGGGUGGUCAGAUAGAAACAUUUUGAUUCAGUAUGGAAGAAGUGAUAAAGAAUUUCUAGUGGCCACACAUUUCCCCUGUUCUUGUAUCGAAGAAGGCGAGGUUCUGAUCAUAUCUAAAACAUCAGACCAGGUUGAACAGGAAAGAGAGGUCCGACCUCUACUUUCAAAGGACGACUAUGUUGUCUUCUACAUUGAUACUACAGGAGGAAAAAACACCAGAACAAAGACACUGUUCAUCAGCAAUGCUGUCAAGAAGUUUAAGUUCCUCUGUGUUUACGGGGAGAAGGGGAUAACUGUGGAAGAAGCUCUGAAUAGAGACGGUCGCUUUGAUAACAUCGCAGGCUUCAAUCUGACCAACAACGAUGAUUCAGACAUGGUCAUUCAAAGUAAUGACAGCAUUGAUAACUUACAGGGAAGAAAAUUCAAGAUAGAGCUUUCAAAGGAAAAGGGAGCAAAAGGGAGUAAAAACCAAGGUGCCUCAGAUAAAACCCAACGUAGGUCUGACAGCGGAGCAGAGAGACAUGUAGUACAUCAGAGAGGAGGGACAGACAGAACCCCAGGUCCAUCAAACAGACCAGAACAGACCCCUGUCAGCGCAGCAGAGAGACAUGUAGUACAUCAGAGAGGAGUCAGAGUAAUCCAAGAGUGCGGCAGUGAUGUCGACCGUGAGGAGAUUUAUCAAAUGCUGCGUCAGCAGUAUCCAGACCUGAAACAGUUGAUGGAAAGUAGAUUUCCUGGUGAUUCUUAUGAGAGAGAACUGAAACUCAGGAAGGAAAACUUUGGAAAGAUCCAAAACACCUUCAGUAAAUUUCACAUUGUCAAGAAGCUGAUAGAAAGGGGCGAGUCAGUCUGCAAAGUUGUUGUUGAGAAUAAAUGCUCUGGCACAGGAUUUGUGUUAUUCGACAACUUCAUCAUAACUAACGCACACCUGUUUAAAAACUAUGUUGAAGACAACACACUGAAGCAGGGUGUAAAUGUGUAUGUUAUCUUUAACUAUGAUGUUCCUCUGCCACACAUACAAUACUACUACUUCAAGGUAGAGCAGUCUCGCAUCUUCUACAUGGAAGAUGAACUGGACUAUGCCGUUCUUCUGGUCCAACCUGACCUAACAGCACAAACAGAGCAAGGCAAGCACAGUCCUUUACCAGCAGGGCUCCUGGAGAGCAUUGGGGAGAUGCCUGCAGAUGGUGCAGCCUGUCUUAUUGGUCACCCAGGAGGUGAUGUGAAACAAAUAGAUCUGACAUCUAUCAUUGAGACAGAGAAGAGGGAGCAGGCUAUCAGGGAUCAUUUAAAGGCAGAGCCAUCUAUUGUCAAAUAUAUCAAUGAAACAUGGGGGAAAGGCCUUGAAAUGAUCAUAAAGGGUGGAACUAAAGCAGACAAAGGGAUGACCUACGACACGUUCAUGCUUCACGGAGCGUCUGGCUCCCCGUUGUUUGACGCUGAUGGCAGUGUGUGUGGUUUGCACACAUCAGGAUUUGUCUAUGAGAACUCCAAACACAGUGUGAUCGAGUUUGCAUACUCGAUGGAGAAGAUAAUGAAACACUUUGUGAAUAUGUUAAUACAUCAAAAAAACACAGGCCUGUUGGAGAGAGUCAAGAAGGCAGCGGGGGAAAACACAGUCCUUAAAAAGAUUUUUGAAUCAGUGGGUGAGCAGCUGCUUAUGAGCAUCAAGGGUGAGCAGGAAGUGCAGGGCCUGCAGAUUGAUAAGGUGGACGAAGAGGAACCGAUGGAUUCCACACCUCUGGCAGAUUGUUAGGGUUAGGAAUUCUAAAUCACUAAAAAUGUACUAUUGAUCAUUAAAGUAAUAGAGAUUGUAUCAAUUGUAAAGUGGGACUGUGUGUGUGUGUGUGUGUGUAUGUGUGUGUGUGUGUGUGUGUGUUGGAAAGUGUGUGUGUGUGUGUGUGUGUGUAUGUUGGAAAGUGUGUGUGUGUGCCUGUGUGUG